UUACUGGAUUGGUCAGUAAGGGAUGGGGUAGGAAGUGAUGUCAUGGUUUAUUUACUUUUCUUCUUGUGUUUGUUUGUUUUUGUUUGUUUGAAGCUUUCUUGUGUGUAAUGCUAUCCACAGAGGCCCUCCAGAGGAAGCAGGGCUGUGGGUCAGCCGGGACAUCUCUCUGCUUCUGCAAGUCCCUCUCUUCUCUCUUCUCUCUUCUCCUCUUUCCUCCCCCUGUUCUCCGCCCUGUCCCUUCUCCCCUUCUCCUUUUCGCCUCCCUCUGCUGCUUUCUUCUGUUUUCUUCUUCUCUCCCUUCCCUCUGUCACCAACUCAGGGCCAACUCGUUUUUCUUUUUCUCCCCAGCUAGCCCACCCCCCUCCCUGUUAUUUUCCUGCUCCACACAAUCCCUAGCUCCAAAAACUCCAUGAUGAUGUCAGUGCCGAUCUUUGUGGUCUUGUUUUUCCUCGGCUCUCUGUGCGACCUUGGUCUACCUUUAAAUCCCAGAGACCCAAACGUUUGCAGUCUAUGGGAGAGUUUCACCACAUCUGUGAAGGAGUCCUACGCCCACCCCUAUGACCAGGUGUUGGAGGAGUCCUGCUCAGAGCCUUGGAAUGCCAACAAGUGCACCAGGCACAAGAUAACCUACAAGACCGCGUACAGGCAGGCAGUGAAGACAGACUACCGGCGAAGGUACACAUGCUGCCCAGGUUUCUACGAGAGCAGAGACAAAUGCGUCCCUCGCUGCACCAAGGAGUGUGUGCACGGCCGCUGCAUCGCCCCGGAUCGUUGCCAGUGCGAGGGAGGCUGGCGUGGAGACGACUGCUCCAGCGCUUGUGAUGACCAGCACUGGGGCCCCGGCUGCAGCAAGGUCUGCAAGUGCACCAACGGGGGCCUCUGCAACCCCGUCAGCGGCUCCUGCAAGUGCCCCGCGGGCUACACCGGCCCACGGUGCGAGGACCCCUGUCCCGCCAAGAAAUUCGGACCGGGCUGUAAGCAGGACUGCAAGUGUGGCACUGGAGGGACUUGCGAUAAAGAGACCGGAGAAUGCGUGUGCAAAGAAGGCUUCACUGGCACUUUCUGUGAAAAAGCUUGCCCUAAGGCGCGCUGUCCUCGGAGGUGUCCCUGUCAGAACGGCGGCUUCUGCCAGGGUAAUGGAGUCUGCAUCUGCCCCCCAGGCUGGACGGGGGUGGUGUGUACGGAGCGCUGUGAGGAGGGCCGCUACGGUGCCAACUGUGCCCAUGAGUGUGUGUGCCACAACGGUGGCCACUGCGACCCCGAGAGUGGCCAGUGCGUGUGCACAGCUGGCUUCACCGGGGAGAGGUGUAAUGAGGAGUGUGCGGUGGGCAGCUACGGUGAGGAGUGUAAGGGCGUGUGCGACUGUGCCAACGGGGCGCGCUGCUACAACAUUCACGGGGGAUGCCUGUGUGAGCCGGGCUUCAGAGGCCCCCACUGCCGAGAGCGCAUGUGCCAGGACGGACGCUUUGGCAUGCACUGCGAACAGCGCUGCCUCUGCCACUCACCACACACCAUCAGCUGUCACCCACUGAAAGGCGAGUGCACGUGUGAACCUGGCUGGGCCGGACUCUACUGCAACGAGACCUGUGCCCACGGUUACUACGGCAACGGCUGCUUGGAACCUUGCCUGUGUGUCAACGGCGGGGAGUGUGACACCGUCACUGGCCAAUGUCACUGUGCACCUGGCUACACGGGGGAGCACUGUGAGAAGUACUGCGAGAGUGGCAUGUUUGGGAAGGGCUGCUCCUCGGACUGCAAAUGCACCAACGCCAUCGCCUGCUCCCCCAUAGAUGGCACCUGCUACUGCAAAGAGGGCUGGACCGGGGUGGAUUGCUCCAAACCGUGCUCGCCAGGCAUGUGGGGUCCAGGCUGCAACAGCACCUGUCGCUGUGGCAACGGAGCAUCAUGUGACCCCGCAGACGGCUCCUGCACCUGCACUGCGGGAUGGCAAGGGACACACUGCGACCAGCCCUGCCCAAUCGGAACGUUCGGGCCCAGCUGUCUGAAGAAAUGUGACUGUCUCCAUGACGACGGUUGUCACCCUAUCAGCGGCCAGUGCCUGUGUCUCCCCGGCUGGACAGGUCCUCGCUGUGCACAGCCGUGUCCUGAUGGCUCGUGGGGCUCCCACUGCAACCAGAGCUGCUCCUGCCUGAAUGGCGCCACCUGCCUGCCACACAGCGGUAUCUGCGUGUGUAAAGCCGGCUACCUGGGGCCCCAGUGCCAGCAUGUCUGCAACGCGGGCAUGUAUGGUGAGAGGUGCAGCAGGAAGUGUCCUCCAUGUGUCCACUCCUCCCCCUGUCACCACAUCACGGGCCAGUGUCAGUGUCAUGCGGGCUACACAGGCGACCUCUGCAACCAAGUGUGUGCCAUAGGCUAUUUUGGAGAGCAGUGCAAGGGCGUGUGCCGCUGUGCCAAUAACUCCACAUGCCACCACCAGGACGGCUCCUGCCACUGUCCCCCUGGGCUGACUGGACACGACUGCUCUUCCCCGUGUCCAGCUGGUCUGUUUGGCCCCAGCUGUGCCAGGUCCUGCUCCUGUGGCCCCCAGUACCAGUGUGACCCGACUGAUGGGGAGUGUGUGUGUGAGCCAGGCCCUGGAGUGGACUGCAGUCAAGAGCGCCUGGGGAGCACCAUGGUGCCGGUGUCCCCAGUGGAGCGUGACUCGGUGGGGGCCAUCGCGGGGAUCGUGGUCCUGGUCAUCCUGGUGGUCUUCCUGCUGGCCAUGCUGCUGCUCUACCGGCAACGGCAGAAGGACAAACAGAACCACACGCCCACCGUCUCCUUCUCCUCCACACGCACUGUCAACUCUGAGUACGCCGUGCCAGACAUCCCCCACAGCUACCACCACUACUACUCCAACCCCAGCUACCACACGCUGACCCAGAACAGGCCACCACUGCCCCACGUGCCCAACAACCACGACCGCUACAUCAAGAACACCAACAACCAGCUGUUCUGCAGCGUGAAGAACAAGGAGAGGGAGAGGCGCGGUCUAUUUGGCCUGGACAGCAACGCUACCCUGCCUGCCGACUGGAAACACCAAGAGGCUCCAAAAGAACAUGGAGCCUUCGGAAUCGACCGAAGUUAUAGUUACAGUGCCAGCCUCGGGAAAUAUUACAACAAAGAGCUGAAGGACGUGUGCGUGGCGGCCAGCAGUGGCUCUCUGAACAGCGAGAACCCCUACGCCACCAUCAAGGACCUGCCGGGGCUGCCCCUGUGCCCGCCCGAGUGCAGCUACAUGGAGAUGAAGGCCGCCAUGCCCAUGCCCCGCGAGAGGAGCUACACAGAGAUCAGGCCUCCGCACCUGGGCCCUCCGUCCCCCACCGCCGCCACAGCGGCUGCUCCCCUCCUGCCCUGUGCCGGGGCCUCCCCUGGUGCCUGUGCCGGGGCCUCUCCUGGUGCCUGUGCUGGUGCCACUGGUGGGGCCUGUGCUGCUGGAGCCUCUGCUGCUGCUGCCUGUGUGUCGCCCCAUCCUGGGCCCUUUGCUACCAUGGCUGCCUCACCGCUCUCCUCAGCCUCCAUGCGCAGAGAACGCUGUUCCCUUGGCAACGUGCCUGAGCAGGAGCCUCCGAACCAUUACGACAUGCCCACCAACAGCCACAUCCCUGGCCACUACGACCUGCCCCCCGUCCGCCGACCCCCCUCGCCAUCACCACGGAGAGUGCAUUACUAAUGCUGCGACAACCCCCCCAUCCCAAGCUCCAAGAACCCCCCCCGCCCACCAUCACGAGUACAGUAUGUACUCACACCUCACCUGACUCCCCACCACCACCACCAUGACCAUGCUCUAGUCCAGACCACAUUGGCAGCACACUAGAGCAAUGCACAUGCACAGACAAUCACUGAAAAACGAUAUAGUAUUUGGACUUCCCUCAAGUGGUCCCAUAGUAGUGGCGUAACACUGCCACCUGGUGGAUAUUCCAUAGGAUAUUCCAUUCCAUUCAAAAAAUCCAAAUGAUGGCAUACCAACAAUACCCAAUCUGAAUUCAGCAUAGCAUCUGCAACCAGCUGUGCCACAUAUUCCAAAUCAGCUGGUUCUGCAUGUGUGGAUAACCUCUAUCUAGUUGGCAAGUUGAGGGUUUUACCAAAGGUAGACGAGGCCUAGGACACCACCAAAUCUGCCCUCUGUCGGGGCUCCCCAAAAGUCAAGUCAAGUCAAGUGUACUUUAUUGUCAAAAAUCUAUGUAACAGGGUUAGCACAGAAGUUUGAAAUUGUGUUUCACCAGUCUCCAAUGUGCAGUUUAAGGCAGAACAUAAUAAGACAUUGACAAUAAUCUCUCUCUCUCUCUCUCUCUCUCUCUCUCUCACACACACACACACACACACACACACACACACACACACACACACACAAUAGUCAGCCCUGCUCCAGCAAAAUACUAGCUGUAAUUCCAGAAGGCCCCAUAUCUUUAUUUUAUCUAGAGCCCCCAAAUGGGUAGAAUUGUUACUGCAGGUUGAUCAGAAUUAACUGAGUGAGCAUGUCAAAUGUGUGGAGGCUAAACAGGUGGUUUAUCAUUAUCGAUUUGAGGGAAUACAACUGUUCUUAUGUUUACACGUUUUGAAGCUGGUUGGGGGUUUUUGUCACCAGGGUUCAGCUUCAAAUGAACAAGGAUUACAUUGUACUACAGCUAAAACUGCCAUUGCAAUAUGUAAAUAGUAUAAGCCGCCAGGCCCAGGCGUCUGGUGGGGAAGGCAAAGGCUUGGUCCGCACAUACAAGAUGGAGCCUUUUGCUUGUAAAGUCCAUCACUGAUGAAUGUAAUAACCACUUCCUCUGUAUAUAAUGUAAAUAAUAAAGUUGAGCUUUGU